AAUGGGAGAAAGGCUCUACCGUGCGUGGUGCGUGCGAAUUCACUUGCGGAGCCUCAAGGCGAGACGUACAAUCAAACAGCGGCGUAAAAUGGCAGGGCAGACUGUCAGUAAUUCCGGCGCGGCUGCGAGACCGAACGCCGGUGGCGGAGGCAAUGCUGCGAAUGCUUUGUACUUGAACUCGUUCCGCAUCUCGGCUGCCGCCGAUAGAUUAGCUAUGCACGUGGGCCCUCAACCGAAAAACGAUGUCGUGGAGUUCUGUCAGCUCUGCCUUUCCCUAGCCAGAGGCAUUGACUGUGCCAUUGCAAGCCAUGAUGUUCCCGCCAAAGCUUUGGAGUUGCCUUCAUUGAUUAAACAGGUGUGCAGGCGGAAAAAUGAUUCUUUUAUACAAGCUGCAGUCAUGGUUCUAAUGAUUUCUGUUAAGUGUGCUUGUCAGAGCGGGUGGUUUUCUGACAAAGAUUCUGAAGAUCUUUGCCAUCUUGCAAAUGAGAUCUCUAGCUGCUUCUGCAGUGAACCAGAUUUCAAAUGUGAACCUAGUAGUUAUCUAUCUAUCAUCUCAAUAAUUAUGUCAAGAUUCUUUCCCCUAUUGCAAAUGGGUCAGAUAUUUGCCUUUCUGGAAGUUAAGCCUGGAUAUGGCACUUUCAUCAAUGACUUUCACAUAUCGAAGAGUGUGAAGACUACUGCAGAAGAUAAAAUAAGGUUACUAGUUGCUCAAGUAGAUAAUACAGAGACGUCGUCAUGCCUUAUAAACCCUCCUCAAGCAAACUUUCUCCUUAAUGGGAAAGGUGUGGAAAAGCGAACAAAUGUGUUAAUGGAUACUGGACCUCAGAUUCCAACAAUUGUAUCACAUAUGCUUAAAUAUGGAACAAAUCUUCUACAAGCUGUGGGCGAGUUUAAUGGAAACUACAUUGUUGCUGUUGCCUUUAUGAGCAUAAAGCCAACCCCGGACCCUGCCACCCUUCUAAAUUAUGUGCAACCCACUCCAGCAUCAGUAGAUCCAGACUCUGAGAUAAUUGAGGGGCCAUCAAGAAUUUCCCUGAAUUGUCCCAUAAGCUUCAAACGCAUAAAGACUCCUGUUAAAGGCCAGUCAUGCAAACAUCUCCAGUGUUUUGAUUAUCAGAACUAUGUUGAUAUAAAUUCGAGAAGGCCAUCUUGGCGUUGUCCUCACUGUAACCAGCAGACCUGCUUCACUGACAUCCGUAUUGAUCAAGACAUGGUGAAGGUUUUGAAAGAAGUUGGGGAGAAUGUCACUGAUGUGAUCCUCUCUUCAGAUGGUUCAUGGAAAGCAGUCAUGGAAAGCGAUGAUCCUACUGGCAAUUCACCUGUAAAUAAGCCUGAUAUUUCUAAGGAUGAAACAAUGCUGCCAGAUUCUAAUGGCAUCUCAAGCUCCUCUGCAGAUAUUUUGGAUCUUACUGAGAUAGAUGAUGCAAUGGAUGUGGUGGCUACAGGAGAGAUGGAGGACCAUAAAAGUGUACAGACCAACUGCCAAAAUCAACCUUCUACAUCUAAUCCAAGUGAAGUUAAUCAGGCUUCGCACAUGGACGAUGCUUUUUGGUCAGGAUAUUAUUUCUCCAGAUUAGAAUCAGGAACAUCUAGACCUAGUUCCAGUACGCAGAUUGAUGGCGUUUCUGGGCCUCUUCCUACAAGUUUGAUGCUGUCACCCGUCUUAACUGAUGCUCUUAUCCAAGCCUCUGUCAUGCAGGGUGGAGAUUCCUCUCCUAAUAACUUGCAGUUACAACAGUACCAAUUUGUAAACUCUGCAAUUGGUAAUGAAUAUGGCAGGAUGCCAUCAAUAGUUAGACAUGCCGUAAAUAGAGCACCAAUCGCAGUUCAGGCCCUUCCAGCUCAGAUGCCCUCUCCUGUACAUCAGCAAAGACCCAGAGGUACCAUCAGUGACGUGAUUCUCAACGUCCCUUCAGCCACUCCUCAGGCAACAUCAGUUAGCACAAAUGCUGGUUCUAGUAAUGUUGAAAGGCCGCAGCAGCAACUCUCCAGAUCUAACUCAAAUAUGGUCCAGGCAUCACAAGUGUCGCCAUCAACAUUACCUAAUAGACAGCAGCUGGAGCAUUCUUCUGCUCCUAUUCGCCCAACUCAACAGUUUGCUGCCCAUAAAAAUCCAAUUCACACACCCUCUUACAGAGCUUCUUCGGGAUUCACAGCUGAAUUACUUAACAGAAGUUGGCAGGGACUGGCAAACCAGCAGACAUCCUAUACCGCAAACCAAUCUCCGGGCCUUUCUCGAUCGCCUGCUCCCAGUUUCUCGCGAAACAAUGCUCAAGGCAGUUUGCAGAGUGUUGCAGGCCAGGCAAGAGGUGUUGCUAGCGGCCAACACCUUCAACCAACGCUUGCUGCCCAGAGGACAGCCCAGAUAGCAAGGCCUGUUCAAUUAUCCCCUCCUCUUUCAGCAAAUGCUGCUGAUUCACCAAGGCCAUCAUUGAUUGGCGAUCAAAGGGGAAGUACACCAGGCACAGUACCGGUGGAUUUACCUGCAGAUCAGGACUGGCGCCCAACAGGUCGUAUGCGAGGAAGCCUAUCAGGACGGGCAUACAACGAGGCUUUGGAACAGUACAUCAUUCGGCCAACCCAGCAAGCUCAAGCUCCCAGGCCGUCCAUUCCACCCAAUAUCUCACCACAGUUGCAAGCCCUCAUGGCCAGCAGAUCUGUGAAUGCAUCUCCGCCAUUGCCAGUAAAUCCUCUGCCAUCUUCUACACCCGAUGUUUCUUCAGCUGGUUUACCUCAGCAUUCUUCUGGAAUGCAAUAGAUUUAAGUAGGUGUAGCUGUGUUUAAUGUACCUGGUUUUUCUUCUUGAGGACAAUUGUAUAGUCGCCACCAGCCCUAUAUAUUACUCUACAGAAGAAAAAGCUUUAUACAGCAUAGACCUACCCAUAUUUCUGAUCUAACGCCAGACCAUCCUCUCCUGUUAGAAUAUUUUCUUUUGAAUUCAUAAUUAACAUUCAAGUUUGUAGAGCAGAAAUUGCCUUUUUAAUGUAUCCUAUCAUUUACUUAA